AUGGAUAGCAAAGACAGUGAGACUCUGCUGUUCUUGCCUUCUCCAGAGCCGGAUAACUACACCCAGAAAACCAACGUCAGCAGCUUCAGCCCAAGCCCUGGCCUUAACUUCAAUACCAGCAUCACUGCUGACCCCAGCCUCAGCCCCAAUUUUAGCUCUAGCAUGAUCCCUGACACCAGCUCCAGCCUCAGCCUCAGCCUCACCCCUAGCCCCAGCCUCAUCCCUAGUCCCAGCCUCACCCCUAGCCCCAGCUUCAUCCCUAGCCCCAGCCUCAGUUCCAGUCUGAAUCCUACCCCCACCACCUGGGAGUCAAAGAUUAGCAGUAGUCCACAAGGCUUUGCCCACCUCCCACAGGAUUGGGGCUCCCUAGAAAAUCCGUUCUGGGAUACCCCUUUGAACCAUGGACUGAAUGUAUUUGUGGGAGUGGCACUGUGCAUUACCAUGCUGGGUUUGGGCUGCACUGUGGAGGUGAAUCACAUAGGGGCUCACAUCCGCAGGCCCAUAGGGGUACUGCUGGCACUUAUCUGCCAGUUUGUCUUCAUGCCCCUACUGGCCUUCCUUCUGGCCCUUAUCUUCUCUCUGGAUGAAGUGGAGGCUGUAGCAGUAUUAUUAUGCGGCUGUUGUCCAGGUGGAAACCUUUCCAAUCUUAUGUCUCUGCUAGUGAAUGGCGACAUGAACCUCAGUAUCAUCAUGACUAUUUCUUCCACGCUUCUGGCUUUGCUGCUGAUGCCCCUGUGCCUGUGGAUCUAUAGUCGGGCCUGGAUCAAUACAACUCUGGUGCAGUUAUUACCACUGGGAGCAGUCACCCUGACCCUCUGCAGCACCCUGAUUCCUAUUGGUGUAGGUGUCUUCAUCCGCUACAAAUAUACACGAGUUGCUGAUUACGUCCUUAAGGUUUCCCUGUGGUCUCUGCUAGUGACUCUGGUGGUCCUUUUCAUUAUGACUGGCACUAUGUUAGGACCUGAACUGUUGGCAAGUAUUCCUGCAACUGUUUAUGUUGUUGCAAUUUUUAUGCCUUUGGCUGGAUAUCUGUCAGGAUAUGGUUUAGCUACCUUAUUCCGUCUUCCAUCCAACUGCAAGAGGACUGUCUCUCUGGAAACAGGUAGUCAGAAUGUACAACUCUGCACUGCUAUUCUAAAACUAACCUUUCCUCCACACCUCAUAGGAAGUAUGUACAUGUUUCCUUUGCUUUAUGCUCUUUUCCAGUCUGCAGAAGCAGGGAUUUUCGUAUUGGUAUAUAAGAUGUAUGGGAGGGAAAUUGUACAUAAACAAGAUCCUCUGGAUGAAGAUGAUACAGAUAUUUCUUAUAAGAAACUGAAGGAAGAAGAAAUGGCAGAUACUUCAUAUGGAUCAGUUAAAGUAGAUGAACAUAAUUCAAUAAUGAUGGAGCCCACCCAGACCUCACUGUAGAUUACAUUUAAUGUAGAGCACCAUAGGGGCUCCCUCCCUUACCUCCUAUUUAUGGUCUGUGGUAUGCUUAAGCAGUAUUAAAUGGCUUUAUUAUAGCAGGAUUCUUCUAAAUAUACCUAUAAUACCCUUUCCAUUGUAAGAUGAUCAUA